UGCUGUCCUCCGGUUCGGGAGCGAUGCGACCCGGGCGGCCGGGUGCCGCUGCCUGCCCCGCUUCGCCCUCCCCGGCGGUCGGGAACUUGUUCUGAUCCUCAGUGCCCCCGUCGAGUCACCGCCCUCUAUUCCCACCCCACCCCCGGCGCUCUGGAUAUGUUUUCUCCCAGAUCUGGGUAUUUUUUUGAUAUCGUGAAACUACGAGGGAAAUAAUUGCAGGGAUUUCUUCUGGGCUCCCUGCUUCCCCACGGACAUGCCUUCAGUCUGGGGAGCCAAGGCACCCCGUCCUAGGCGAAUGAAGCCCCCCAGCCACGAGGGAGCGAAAUGAAGGGAAAUUCUGCAGUGGAAUGAGAGCUCUACAGCUAGGUCCUCGCAUCUGCCAUUUGUCCUUUCAAACUGCAUUGUAAUCCGGGCAGGAUAAAUCAGACGAAGAGACGAGCAGCCUCCUGGCCGGAUUUCUCCGCCCGCAUUUACUUUCCAGAUUUCUUUUCUUUGCUCUCCUGCUUCUUGGCUGGCCCAGGGAUGACUUCCUCUCUGCAGCAACCCUGUCGGGUGCCCUGGCUACUAUGGGCCGUCCUGCUGGUCAGCACUACGGCUGCUUCCCAGAAUCAAGAACGGCUGUGUGCAUUUAAAGAUCCCUAUCAACAAGACCUUGGGAUAGGUGAGAGUAGAAUCUCUCAUGAAAAUGGAACAAUAUUAUGCUCCAAAGGUAGCACAUGUUAUGGUCUAUGGGAGAAAUCAAAAGGGGACAUCAAUCUUGUGAAACAAGGAUGUUGGUCUCACAUUGGUGAUCCCCAAGAGUGUCACUAUGAAGAAUGUGUAGUAACUACCACCCCACCUUCAAUUCAGAAUGGAACAUACCGUUUUUGCUGCUGUAGUACAGAUUUAUGUAAUGUCAACUUUACUGAGAAUUUUCCACCUCCUGAUACAACACCACUCAGUCCACCUCAUUCAUUUAAUCGAGAUGAGACAAUAAUCAUUGCUUUGGCAUCAGUCUCUGUAUUAGCUGUUUUGAUAGUCGCCUUAUGUUUUGGAUACAGGAUGUUGACAGGAGAUCGAAAACAAGGUCUUCACAGUAUGAACAUGAUGGAAGCAGCAGCAUCAGAGCCUUCUCUGGACUUGGAUAAUCUGAAGCUGCUGGAGCUGAUUGGACGGGGUCGAUAUGGAGCAGUAUAUAAAGGUUCCUUGGAUGAGCGUCCAGUUGCUGUAAAAGUAUUUUCUUUUGCCAACCGUCAGAAUUUUAUAAAUGAAAAAAACAUUUACAGAGUGCCUUUGAUGGAACAUGACAACAUUGCUCGCUUUAUAGUUGGAGAUGAGAGACUCACAGCAGAUGGACGCAUGGAGUAUUUGCUUGUGAUGGAAUAUUAUCCCAAUGGAUCUCUAUGCAAAUAUUUGAGCCUCCAUACAAGUGAUUGGGUAAGCUCUUGCCGUCUGGCUCAUUCUGUGACUAGAGGAUUGGCUUAUCUUCACACAGAAUUACCACGAGGAGAUCAUUAUAAACCUGCAAUUUCCCAUCGAGAUUUAAACAGCAGAAAUGUCCUGGUAAAAAAUGAUGGCACAUGUGUUAUUAGUGACUUUGGUUUGUCCAUGAGGCUAACUGGAAAUAGACUGGUGCGCCCUGGGGAAGAAGAUAAUGCGGCUAUAAGUGAGGUUGGCACAAUUCGCUACAUGGCACCAGAAGUGCUAGAAGGAGCUGUGAACCUGAGGGACUGUGAGUCAGCUCUGAAGCAAGUAGACAUGUAUGCACUUGGACUCAUCUACUGGGAGGUGUUCAUGAGAUGUACAGAUCUCUUCCCGGGUGAAUCUGUACCAGAAUACCAGAUGGCUUUUCAGACAGAAGUUGGCAACCAUCCCACUUUUGAGGAUAUGCAGGUUCUUGUAUCUAGAGAAAAGCAGAGACCCAAGUUCCCAGAAGCCUGGAAAGAAAAUAGCCUGGCAGUGAGAUCACUCAAGGAAACAAUCGAAGACUGUUGGGAUCAGGAUGCAGAGGCUCGGCUCACUGCACAGUGUGCUGAGGAGAGAAUGGCUGAACUUAUGAUGAUAUGGGAAAGAAACAAGUCUGUGAGCCCAACAGUCAACCCAAUGUCUACUGCCAUGCAGAAUGAACGCAACCUAUCACAUAAUAGGCGUGUGCCAAAAAUUGGGCCUUAUCCUGAUUAUUCUUCUUCUUCGUAUAUUGAAGACUCCAUACACCACACUGACAGCAUUGUGAAGAAUAUUUCCUCUGAGCAUUCAAUGUCCAGCACACCUUUGACUAUAGGAGAAAAGAACCGAAAUUCAAUUAAUUAUGAACGACAGCAAGCACAAGCUCGAAUCCCCAGCCCUGAAACAAGUGUCACCAGCCUAUCCACAAACACAACCACCACUAACACCACUGGCCUCACUCCAAGUACCGGCAUGACCACUAUAUCUGAGAUGCCGUACCCAGAUGAAACAAAUUUACAUGCCACAAAUGUUGCACAGUCAAUGGGGCCAACCCCUGUCUGCUUACAGCUGACAGAAGAAGACUUGGAGACCAAUAAGCUAGACCCAAAAGAAGUUGAUAAGAACCUCAAGGAGAGCUCUGACGAGAACCUCAUGGAGCAUUCUCUCAAGCAGUUCAGUGGGCCAGACCCAUUGAGCAGUACCAGUUCCAGCUUGCUUUAUCCACUCAUAAAGCUUGCAGUGGAAGUGACUGGACAGCAGGACUUCACACAGGCUGCAAAUGGCCAAGCAUGUUUAAUUCCUGAUGUUCCACCUGCCCAAAUCUAUCCUCUCCCUAAGCAGCAGAACCUUCCUAAGAGACCUACUAGUUUGCCUUUGAACACCAAAAAUUCAACAAAAGAACCCCGGCUAAAAUUUGGCAACAAGCACAAAUCAAACUUGAAGCAAGUAGAAACUGGAGUUGCCAAGAUGAAUACAAUCAAUGCAGCAGAACCUCAUGUGGUGACAGUAACUAUGAAUGGUGUGGCAGGUAGAAGCCACAGUGUUAAUUCCCAUGCUGCCACAACCCAGUAUGCCAAUGGGGCAGUGCCAUCUGGCCAGGCAGCCAACAUAGUGGCACAUAGGGCUCAAGAAAUGCUGCAGAACCAAUUUAUUGGUGAGGAUACCCGUCUGAAUAUUAAUUCCAGCCCUGAUGAGCAUGAACCUUUACUGAGACGAGAGCAACAAGCUGGCCAUGACGAAGGGGUUCUGGAUCGUUUGGUAGACAGGAGAGAACGGCCACUAGAAGGUGGCCGAACUAAUUCCAAUAACAACAACAGCAAUCCAUGUUCAGAACAAGAUGUACUUACACAGGGUGUUACAAGCACAGUUGCAGAUCCUGGGCCAACAAAGCCCAGAAGAGCACAGAGACCCAAUUCUCUGGAUCUUUCAGCCACAAAUAUCUUGGAUGGCAGCAGUAUACAGAGUGAGUCAACACAAGAUGGAAAAUCGGGAUCAGGUGAAAAGAUCAAGAGACGUGUGAAAACUCCAUAUUCUCUUAAGCGGUGGCGCCCCUCCACCUGGGUCAUCUCUACUGAACCACUGGACUGUGAGGUCAACAAUGGCAGGGACAGAGCAGUUCAUUCUAAGUCUAGCACUGCUGUGUACCUUGCAGAAGGAGGCACUGCCACAACCAUGGUGUCUAAAGAUAUAGGGAUGAAUUGUCUGUGAGAUGUUUUCAAGCCUAUGGAGUGAAAUUAUUUUUUUGCAUCAUUUAAACAUGCAGAAGACAUUAAAAAAAAAACUGCUUUAACCUCCUGUCAGCACCCCUUCCCACCCCUGCAACAAGGACUUGCUUUAAAUAGAUUUCAGCUAUGCAGAAAAUUUUAGCUUAUGCUUCCAUAUUUUUUAAUUUUGUUUUUUAAGUUUUGCACUUUUGUUUAGUCUUGCUAAAGUUAUAUUUGUCUGUUAUGACCACAUUAUAUGUGUGCGUAUCAAAAGUGGUCUCAAAAUAUUUUUUUAAGAAAAAAAUCAAAAACAAUGUAUUGCUGAUAAUCAGUUUGGACCAUUUUCUAAAGGUCAUUAAAACAGAAGCAAAUUAAGGCA